AUGGCUUCUCUAGCAGUGUCCAUCAACCAGUUUGCCCUGGAGUUUAGCAAAAAGCUAGCUGAAUCUGCUGAGGGUAAAAAUAUGUUCUUUUCUCCUUGGGGCAUCUCAACUUCCUUGGCUAUGGUGUAUUUAGGUACCAAAGGUACCACUGCAGCCCAGAUGUCCCAGGUACUUCAAUUAGAUAGAGGCCGGCACUUCAAAUCUGGUCCUGAUAGUGAAAAGAAGAGAAAAAUGGAAUUUAACUCAGGCAAGGUUGAAGAAAUACAUUCUGAUUUCCAGACCCUUGCUUCAGAAAUCCUCAAGCCUGGAAAUUUCUACAUACUCAAAACAGCCAAUAGGAUAUAUGGGGAGAAAACCUAUCCAUUUCAUAAUAAAUAUUUGAAGGACAUGGAAACAUAUUUUGGUGCAGAACCAAAGUCUGUUAACUUUGUCGGAGCUUCUGGCCAAAUCAGAACAGAGAUCAACUCCUGGGUGGAAGGCCAGACAGGGGGUAAAAUUCCCAAUCUCCUCCCUGUUGACUCAGUGGAUUCCAUGACUAAGAUGGUUCUGGUGAAUGCCCUUUAUUUUAAAGGGACCUGGGAGCAUCAGUUCUCAGUGCAGAAUACCACUGAAAGGCCUUUCAGAAUAAACAAG